AAAACCAUCUUGAAGAUUUGCUAAAUUUGGCUUUAUACCAAUUGGAUACCUUACGUACAAGAAACAUCAAACCAAAAAAAAUAAAAAAAAAAGGCAAGGAACAGGUCCUUUCCUUAAUGUCAAGGCAUUAAACCAAAGUUUUUAUGCUUUUUUUUUAUCAAUUAUAGGUCCAUAAAUAGAUAAUGUAUAGUUACAAUAGUGUUGAUAUUAUCAACUAAAAUGGCAAUAUCAAGCCAAAUUUUCCAGCAUAAUGUAUGGUCCAACUCAGAGUUUACGCGUACCUUGAGUGUCCCUCCGUUAUUGAAAGCUAACCAUGAACUUGUUAAGAAGCUAUCACAACGAAAACUUAAAAUACGAGGCAUCAAGAACAAAUCCAACAAUUUGGUCACAUUUUCGAUGUCAAAUCCUGAGAAUGGCACGAGUAUGAGUGAAGUUUCUCCAUCCGACACAAUCAAGAAGUUCUACUCAAGUAUCAACAAGAAGGACAUGAAUCAACUAGCACUGCUCCUAGCUGAAAAAUGUUACUAUGAUGAUUUCUCCUACAGUCAACCAUUCCUAGGGAGAGAGGAGGUCCUUAAAUUUCUGAAGCAACUAGCCACAUGCAUGGGGAAGAACACAGAGUACUGCAUUGAACACAUUUAUGAGGGAGUUGAUCUCACAACUGUGGUAAACUGGCAUUUAGAGUGGAACAAGAAACAGGUUCCUUUCUCUAGAGGCUGCAGUUGCUACGAGUUAUCAAGAGACGGAGAAGAACUAGUCAUAAGGAAAGCUCAAGUAAUUGUUGAAUCACCAAUCAAACCAGGAAGCAUAGCUUUGGAAGCAUUCCAGAAGGUCAUUUCAGUGUGUGAUGCUUCUCCUCAGUCUGCUGAAUGGUUGUUCCUGUUGGGUCCUCAACUGAUAAAUUCCUAUUCUCGCUACACAUCAUGGCUCAAUUACAUGUCAACCUUAAGUCCUUGGAGAGAUUCAAAAGAUCAGGAUCAAACUCCAAAGAAUGACUAGCUUUGUAAUUAAGCCUAAGGCCUGUUUGGCCAUAUUUGUAAUAAGACUAGUGCUACUAAAAAUAGUGACACUUGGAGAUACCUGUUGAAAUCUACUCGAAAACAACUGUAUGAUUGAGUGUUGGGUUCGAGAGAAAUUGGAAUCAAUACCAAUAUCUCUAUUGUUGACUGUUGAA